AUGGCUCUCUCAAACUUUGACGCUGAAAAUGCCCCCAACUACGAGGAUAUGGAGAAGCAGUUCGCUGUCAAGGCAGUACAACACAUGACUGUCUACUGGUCAAUUCUCGAAAAGUUGCCUGGCUCCAAGCUCCGCCUCACAAGACUGGAUGAUGAAAUCUACGAGCACCUCAAAAAGGAGUUCCCAGAUUUCAAUCCAGCUGACGAGAUUGAUGAAAACUCCAUGAAAAGCAAAGAGGGAAAGGAGAAGUGGAGGAAUUUCUCCAUGGUUUACGAAAAGGGCGACAAGAAGAUCGAGGACUACAAUUUUGGUACGAUGCUUCGUAAGAGCCCAAAGACUGAAUACGGCGAGAAGGAGACGAUAUUUGCUGUGCGGAUGCAGUUCUAUGCUAUCGAGAUUGCGAGAAACCGUGCCGGCCUCAAUGACUGGAUUUACGAAAAUGCACAAAAAGCCACCAAAUGA